UCUUUAUCACAUUCUGUUUGCAUACUCCAAGGGCCAUUGCAUGCCGCCCUCAACGGAUGAUCGCAUAAUUUCAUACAAUUACGACCCUUGGUCCCAGUUGUUCGAAAUCUCACUGCGCAUAUAAAGUCCCGUCAAAAUGUUUUGUCUUAGAAGUUGGCUUCCACUCCUCUUCAUUCCCACGAAUGCAUCUCCAAUAUUCAUCUUCCUCUUCUUCAUCUGCACCUACUUCCUCAACCGACCCUGCGUCUACUGUUCAAUUCUCCUACUCAUCCUCUUCGCCUCCUCCUGUCACUGGGCCGAUCACUGUUUCUUCGACUUCAGUAGUAACUGGUUCUUACCUCGUUCCUCAUCCUAUUCAUCCGCAGAAAUAAACAAUCAAACAGCCCUCUCAAACGAAACUAUAGACAAUGUUUUAAUGUACGCCGGUGCUUUCAAUAAGACCGCAAUAGCAUUAGCAGGCACAGUGUUAGAAGAUGCGAAGAAGAAUUUGGCCAGCAAGGAAUGGACGGGUAUUGGAGUCGAAUGGUUGAGAAAUUUAUUGGGGAAGAGAGAGUGGAGGCUGGAUUGUGUGGAUGUGUAUAUCAGGCUCUGA